AGAGAAGAAGAAAGAUAUGCUGGAAAGGAAGAAAAUAAAGGAGGAGGAAGAAGGAAGAGGAAGGUGGGGAAGAAGAUACUGGGAAGGGAAACAGUAGAAGAGGAGGAAGGGAAGAAGAAGAAGGAAAAUGGAGAGGAAGAAGAAGAGUGAAAGAAGAGGUAACAGAAAAAAAAAGAAAUAAAGAAAAAGAGAGAAGAAUUUUACCUUUUAUGUCUAAAGAAGAAAAAAACAUAAAAAAACGAAGAAGAAAAGGGAGAAAAAGAGAAGCAGAAAGAAGUAUAUAUAGGUAGACACUGUACUAUUUCUGGUGGUGGUGGUGGUGGUGGUAGCGGCGCUGGGCCUUGGGUGGGCUAGAGGCUGCAAGUGCGAGCUCAGUGUAGAUCGAACGUUCGUGGAGUGAGGUUGUGCCGUUUCGUCCUCCGUUCGUCCGGUAAACAUAUAGAGACCUUCCCUUAUCGAGGUGUUCAAAUACAGACUCAGCGAUGCCCAGAGCAAAGACCUUCCUAGUGCUGAGUCCUGUGCUGAUCGCGUGCUAACGUAUUGAACCUAAAAAGCACAAGUAAUAGUCCUAAGUGGUGUUGGAUUCUCCUCUGGUGCAUUGGAUCCUACUGAAACGCUCAUAAAUAGUGUUGAAUCGCAUCCUUUUGGCCUGCAUUGAAACUUGCUGAAACUCUUGAGACAGUAUGAAUAGCGGAGUCAUCCUUUGAAACUUCCGCUUUAUAUGGUGUUGGAUCCUCUUCUGAAACCCUUGGAAACGUUUUGGAACCCUUUGUAGUUCUGAAUAUUCCAAUGACAUUAAAAACUAUGGUGUUGGAUCCUCUUUUGACCCUUGGAAUCGUAUUGGAACUAUUAUGGUUUUGAAUAUUCCACUGACUUCAAAACUUACUGAACUGAGAAGCUUACUGUAGUGUUGGAACCUCUUCUACGCCCUAUAGUUGCGUGGAAUAUUCGUCUAACUUCCUGAAACAUUUAAAAGUUGUUCUGUGUCCUGCUGUGUCCUCCUCGGCGUGUCCAGAUUAUCGUAUCCAUCAUUGUAUUUACCGUUUUUUGACACUUAACAAUAUCAAAAAGACACUAAUAAUUAAAGCUUUCAACGGUAACUAUAAAUACAUGUAGUUAUUGGGGUGGAGGAGACAGUUAUUGGGUCGGAAACCGGAAAACAUAAAGAGGCUGAGUACGACAAUCUGCGGUCUUGCUGUGCCCUGCUGACUAGUGCUGUGUCGUUCUCUGCUGUCCUGAGUGGCCGUAUCCGCGCCGCCGCAGGGCCAAGGCACCUCUAUGCGACCCUCGGCCCCGCCCUUCUGCUCUAGAGGCCCCGAGCGGCCCCGGCGUGUGUGCCCCGCUGGAGGCCGACCAUGACGCCCCGGGCCCUGGCCUGUGGCGGCCCCACUGCCACGUGUGUUCACCCCCAGGCACGCCGCCCCCGCCCCCCCGCCGCCGCCGUCCCCUUAGAGGCACGCAGAGGUCAUUUCCAGGCCCACGCACGCACUGGUCAGCCCUCCAGCAGCCCGCUUCAAGAGUACAUAAGCCUAUUCUUGCAUACCAUUAGUUGGCCCACUCAAACCCCGAUCCAGACCCGUAAACAAUUGAUUCAGACUCCGAAAACUCUGAUUCAGACCCCAACAACCCCAACUCAGACCACAAAAACCCCGAUUCAGACCCCAGAAAUCCCAAUUCAGGGUCUUAACCACCCCGAAAACUCCCACCCCCGCCUAGUCCCAGCCUCUGUAAGCCCUGAUCAGACCCAGGCACGUCAGGCACGGCAGGCACAGUCCCCUAAAAGCCCCGCCGAGUCCCCAAGGGCGGCGCAAGACACAGGCCGAGGGACACUAAGCAAGAGUAACGACCAUUCUGCACGCACCACCACCACCACAACCACUACGACCACCACUACUACUACCACUACUACUACUACUACUACUACUACUACUACUACUACUACCACCGCCGCCGCCAUGCUCUGCUACGCGCUGCUACAGGCUCACGAUGUGGUGGCCCAUGAGGUGUACGGGGACGAGGCCAUCCGCGUGACGCCGCCGCCGCUGCUGCCCUAUCUCAACGGCGGUGACGAGGUGGACCCGGCCAACGGGGACGUGGACAUGGAGAACAUCACGAGGGUGCGUCUGGUCCAAUUCCAGAAGAACUCAGACGAACCGAUGGGCAUCACGCUGAAGAUGAACGAGGAGGGCCGCUGCAUCGUGGCCCGCAUCAUGCACGGCGGGAUGAUACACCGCCAGGCGACGCUGCACGUGGGCGACGAGAUACGGGAGAUCAACGGCGUCCCUGUGGCCAACCAAAGCGUCGACAUCCUUCAAAAGAUGUUGCAGAGGGAGGCCCGCGGCUCCGUCACCUUCAAGAUUGUCCCGUCGUACCGCAGCGCACCGCCGCCCUGUGAGGACUGGUCUCUACGCAGUGGAGUUGUUAAAAAGCAGAUCUAUGUCCGGGCGCAGUUUGACUAUGACCCGCUGGAGGACGACCUCAUCCCUUGUGCACAAGCAGGAAUUGCCUUCAAGAUGGGAGACAUCUUGCAGAUUAUAUCAAAGGACGACCACAACUGGUGGCAGGCGAAGAAGGACCCCAACGGCACAGCCGGCCUCAUCCCUUCCCCCGAGCUGCAGGAGUGGCGCACCGCCUGCCUGGCCAUGGAGAAGAGCAAACGAGACCAAGUCAACUGCUCAUUCUUUGGGCGGAAGAAGAAGCAGCACAAAGACAAAUAUCUUGCCAAACACAACGCUGUGUUUGACCAACUUGACCUCGUCACCUAUGAGGAGGUCAUAAAACUGCCAUCAUUCCGCCGCAAGACACUGGUGCUGUUAGGUGCCCACGGGGUGGGGAGGCGACACAUCAAGAACACCCUAAUAGCCUCACACCCAGACAAAUACGCCUACCCAAUACCGCAUACUACACGAAGUCCACGGAAAGAUGAAGAAAAUGGCAAAAACUACUAUUUUGUGUCCCAUGAUGAGAUGAUGGCAGACAUUGCUGCUAAUGAAUAUUUAGAGUACGGUACCCACGAAGACGCCAUGUACGGAACAAAACUAGAAACAAUACGCAAGAUCCACAACGAGGGUCGCAUGGCCAUCCUCGACGUGGAGCCGCAGGCACUCAAGAUCCUGCGCACGGCCGAGUUUGCUCCGUACGUUGUGUUCAUCGCUGCUCCUUCCCUACAGAACAUGACGGACUACGACGGAAGUUUAGAACGGCUGGCCAAGGAGUCGGACAUGCUCAAACAACUGUAUGGCCAUUUCUUUGAUCUGACCAUAGUUAACAAUGACAUCGAAGAAACCAUCCGGCAACUGGAAAAGUCAAUUGAGACAAUGAAUAUGACACCGCAGUGGGUGCCUGUGUCAUGGGUUUACUGACAGCCCGCCCCUCCCCGAGACAGUCCCUCUGACUGCUAUUGCUGUGGAACAUCCCGGAGCAAGGAGGCCAACAGGCGCGCCCACCACCACCACAGAAGGUGAUCUAGUGGAGCAUAGAACCACACAGCCAUGACCAGAGUGCCACAAUCAAAGUAUGAAACAUAAUGCCUCAGUUAAUUUUAACAAGAAGCGUAAUAAAGCGGAAAAGUGAAUCCUUCGUUGCAGCCAAACACAGCCAUCUCCGGACGUCACAUUAGUCUGCGUGACGGUGGAAACGCCAUCAACAAAACGGACAGGUCGUGUGGUGAAUUAUGUUACUCAUUGUGUAUUGUGGCAACAUGCUCAAGUAAUGAAAUUUUCAGAUGUGUAUACAUACAUUUGGCCACAUGCCAACUGUGAAUUCAUUAGUAAAGUAUCAUUACCAUUAUUUCUACUCAUGGUAUAGUAUUUUCCCCUAGAUGUACAAGAAAUUUGUUUUGAAAUGGUUGCUAAUGCCUUCCAAAUUCUGGACUACUAUUCUCAAAGGUCAUUUAAGAAAACACUGCCAGAUUUACUCAUUGCUACUUAACGUUGAACUAUAAUUAUAGUCGAGAGUGGUUUACUUUUGUAGAAGACGUGUUCAUGGAAUACGUGCAUGAUAUCUGAAAGUAAUUAUUUUAGGUUAUAUUCAAAAUUUUAUAACGUAGAAGUACUCUGUAAAUAAGACGGUACCCUCACAUUAAGGCAAAUUUUGCAGCAGAAACAUCAAAUUCUUACUUUAUCUGAAAUUUCAAGAAAUCAUAAACUCUAAAAGCAACAUUAAACAAAUUGCUGAGGUGCACAAAAAAUACUAUAAAGCUGUACGAUUCAAUUACCUUGUGGUUUUAGUUCCUCCGACCCGUUUUCUCCCUCUUCCUUUCUGUACGUCAUGACGAGAAGCAAGGCCGAGAACGUCAACCCCAAGUGACUGUCACCUGCGAGGAGAGCCUGUGUGGGUCCAUGACAUACAAUGGUUGUGUGCAACUCUUGUCAGUGUGGCGGCGAGGACUAACAGACACGUGAGGGUCAAGCAAGGGUGAGUCGGAGAUGCUGAAAAGUCUCUGGGGAGAUGACUGAUCACGCGACUACCAGUGAACCGCAGCUUGUCUGGAAACGUGGUGGAACUAUAGACCUCUGCAGUGGAUGAGGAGCUUAUCAGAAAACUAAUAUUUUAUGACAUUCAAUGAACAGUCUGAGAGUGGUGACGAGGUAACUAGCCAGACAUUGAAUGUUAAAAUUGUGGUAAAUGAUGAAAUAUCCCCUCUGCUGUUUGGCGAGGGGCUGAACUGAUCUGUGUACACUUAUAAAUAUUGUUUUUAUAAGCAAAUAAAGGUUGAAACAGUUGUUCCUUGUACAUGGAAUUCAAUUAAUUGUUAUAUAGUUGCAGUGCAGAUAGUAAGCCAAUUUAUGCUAUUGUGAAACUGAUGACACUAUAGGUACUAUAUGUAUAUUUCAGUCACUUGCUAUUUCUUUUAUACAGUUCUAGGUUUGUAAUGAGUUGAGCUGUGACAGUGGCAGAGGGCCUCACUUUAGGCUUUGGUUUGACAGGAUUAGGUGCGAGGAAUGAAUUGUCUUGACAUUUCCGGCGGCCGCAGACGAUGCUUUGUCGGGCGAGUUCUCGUUUAGGCUGAAACAAAACAUAACAAAAUGUUUAAACUACUGAAGUCAUAAAUUCACAUCAAAUUUUACUCAAAAUGGUUUCCCUAAUAUUAACACUUACUACAUCAUCAACUAAGCAUCUAGAUUUGGUCCUAUUUAAGUUACCAGUGAAUUGCAAGGAUUCACCUUCACUAUCUUGGACCUUGUUUCCUGACCCUGCUUCACCAGUCUGGGGUUUGUUGGAUGAAUUACUGUUAAUAAGAAGCAACUGAGUAGUUAUAGAGCAUUUUUUCUUGUUACAUUUGAAUAUUGUAUAGGAGACAAAUCCAGUGUGAUGACGAAGUUCUACAUUUUGAUCCUGUCUCAGUGUGGCCUCCACUUGUGUUCUAAAAGGAUGCUUGGCAGUAAAAUUGUCUACAUCCCCCACCCUUGGCAGGGGGAGUCCUUCACCCGGCUCCCAAAAACGUGCUUUAUUGCUCUGGAUCUUCCUCUGUGUGCAAUAGAUCUUCAGUUCAUGCCUCAUCAUCUAUAGCCUGCUUUAGUCAGUUCUUCAAAGUGCAGAAUGCCAUACGGGUACAAAGGGAACUAGGUUACACUGUCUUCACAUGGGGCAUUCAAGAGGAACAACUUCCUACCUUGUGCGAUGGGAUGUUUCAAAAUAAUGCUCAGUGACCUACAAGCAUCAUCCUCCGUGUUUGUUUGACAGGAAAAUUUCUCCUCCACUGACUUCAGAGUGUACUUCACAACCUUCACCGGCGCGACUCAGUGACUAGUGAGCGAGGUGUUCGCGCUGAUACUGUUACGUGGUCAGUAGCUCCCAUUGAUCUUCCUGAACUUAUUUUGAAAUAUUUGCCCAUUCCCUGCUACUUCAGUAACUUAGAUUAGAAUUCUAAGACUGCACCUAAGAUACAGAUUUUAUACAUCUACAUAUAAUCCAAAAUUUUAUAUCAACAAUUAUAUUUUAAAACUUUGUAUCCAUGUUUACAUAUCUUGAAUCCCUAAAGGAAAAAUGCUAACUUCUUGGUGAACUCUAAUUUCAUAAAAAAAAAGCAUAUAUCUAUCCAAGAAAAUUUGUGAAUCAUUAGGUAACGUGUAAGAAUUCAAUCUAAGCAACGCAGGCAAACCCUUGAAGGAGGUAAAGACAAACUAUUUGGUAACUUUCUUAGGACUGUAGAUAUUAUUGCAGGACAAUAUUCAAAGAACUAUAUUGUGAUACACCUAGGAUCCAAAAGAACAGCUAUUAGAAUGGAUUUUGUAUCAAGUAAUUGCUGGGCAAUCUGGGUAUGAUUAGGAAGCGGAUUCCUCAGCACAGCUUGGCGACUGGCGGCCCCGACCUCAACAACUUUUGUAAAUGACCAAUAACGUGUGGAUGGCAGCCAGAACUGUUGCGAGGCGUGUGAAUGAGUGGCGGGCCGGGCCCUGAGUCGCCUGGCUGUGCGGGGCAAUGCCUUCCUCUCACACUCAACCUACACCUGUCUUUCAAGAAUUGUAAGCACAAAAAUUUUAAUCAUUCUAAUACAUUGUGCCAAAAAAUUAAAACUAAUAAGGCUCAAACUAAUAGCACAGUGAAGAUAUGUACUUUCUUACGUGAAUACACAUUUAUUCUGAGCUGCAGUGAAACUGUAAGUUAAGAUAUUUUGAUUCCUUUUAUAUCAUAGUCUUGUUUCCAAGGUCUUGUUAUUGUGCAGUAUGUAUGAAUUGAUUUUGCCAAACAAAACAAAAGACAUUUAGAUGACUAUUGCUUCCUUUGGCUUUGUAAUCAAACCAAUGAUACUGGGCUUAUCAAAUUUACAAUAUGUCUGAAUCAAGCACAAAUCUUUGCUUCCCAAGGACGGGAGGUUACUACUCGCUGAGUUUGGGGGCCACUCCCUGAGACUGGUUGGUCACGUGGUGUCCCUCCCAUUAUUUGACUCUUUACGCUCUCACUUCACCCACGAUGAGUUUGUCAUGUUUGCUUUAUGCUGGGGACAAGAGUAAUGCUGAUACUCUCCCAUGUGUUAUACAACAUUUCUUUUCUUUCCAUGAAAACACCUUCAAGGGUGUUCACUUAAAAGUUGCUAAACAGGUGAAUAUUCAAGUAAAACUACUGUUUGCACCUCAAAUGUUAACAGUCCUCUAUGCUAUUGCAAAAUUGCAAAAUUCAUAUAAACAGGCUCUGUAGCAAUAUAUAUAUAUAUAUAUAUAUAUAUAUAUAUAUAUAUAUAUAUAUAUAUAUAUAUAUAUAUAUAUAUAUAUAUAUAUAUAUAUAUAUAUAUAUAUUGUAAUCUGCCCUGUUCAUAUUAGUAAAAGUUUAGACUGUCAACAUCUAACUCAAGUAUCACUGUGUGAAAUAAAAGUUAAUGACUUUGUAACAGACUGAAGUUUGAACUUGAAGCAACAAAACAUUUUGUGUGUUAUCAGAGAACAAUGCACCUUGUCUUGGUAAGCAGGUGAUGGCAUAGUGGAUGGCUGAUGGUCAGGAGAGCUUUAAGGAACCCAUAUGGCAGCUUUGGUACUGCACAUAUCAGAUUAACAUAGAAAGUCUGGCACUCAAAGAAAAAUCUUGUGAAAGUGAAGUCUGAAGGGAGUCAGGUUUGGUAUUGUUUACACAAAAUUUUGACGAUAGCAUUCAUUGUUUGAGGCAAAAAAAUUACUUGUUUUGAGUUCCAUCCUUACAUGGAAAGUCUACUUUUGUAUUUGAUUUCUGAGUUACAAGAUAGUUGAGCUGUGCUGAAUCAUGAAGGGUUGAAAUAAAUGAACCUACAAUCAUUUUAAAACUUUUAAACUAUCAAAGUUUUAGACUAAGCUUUACUUCCACUCACAGCCCCACUAGAGCUGCCCUCUGACCUGACCUGACCUAACCUGACCCCCCACUCCUCUAACAUGAUCUGGCUACUACCUCCCUGAGUGCUCGUGGUCACUCCUUGUCUCCGGCAUGCUAGGCUUGCUAUUCUCCUAAGUCUCCCAGUCACUCUACUUUGUGUUACUAAGGUCCUGAAUUGCAGUUGGAAAUGCUGCUAUGUUGAAAAUUCAGUAAUAAAGAUUUGACCUUAAACCGGACUCUAAUAGUAACCUUCAAUAUCUUUUUAUGCCACACUGUCCCCUCGACUGACUGCACACACACACACGCACACACACACACACACACACAACAUUAUCAUCCCACCACACCACCACAAACAUCUACGGAGAAGGCUGCCCUCCUAAUGUUUGGUGAAAUGAAAGUUGUAUCGGAACCAACGUCAUUCAGAACUCAAGAUGGCCUUUGGUGGCUGUCCUCAAAUAACUAAAUGCUGCCCAAUCAA